CUUCAUUAGCAGUAGCGUUGCUCGUUAAGCAUGUGUUGCCCAUUAUGCCUCUGCUCUUUGCUAAAAUGCACCGCGUGCUCACGUUCCCCCCACUGAGAAGCUAGAAAGAAACAAAGUGCGCAUGUUAACUCCAAUAUAAAAACUCUCUUCCACCACUUCCAUUCCUGCAUUUCUAGCUACGAGGGAAACCGUUUAUCUCUUUAGAGAAAGAAAGUAAAACAAUCAGCAUUCUUGUUUCCAAGAUUGAAGCUCAAAGUGUAGAAGUUCAUGUUUUGAGUUUCCAUAAAGCCUUGAACUUUAUGGUUUCUUUUCCAUCCUCACCACAACCUUCUUUUCUAAGUUGACAUUUUCUGGCUUCAGUUCACGCUUUCUCUCUCUCUCUCUCUCUCUCUCUCUCUCUCUCUCUUUUUGGCUUCAUCCAUGUCUUCGGAUAUAAGCUAAGUUUGAUUCUUCAUUCACCUCUUUGGAAUCUGCAUUCAGCCAUGGAAGCUUGCAAUGCUGGUGUGUGUGUGUUGGGUUUGGUUGAAUUUCUUGCGGCAACAAGUGACAGUGUGAGUCCUUCUAGAAGCUUCUAAAGCAGCAAAGUUAGAAGCUUGGUGGACUGAGUAGUAAUGGGUAGGGAUCGGCUGCUAUCCGGGACGAUUGGACCGCCAUUAAAACGGCGAGCAAGGCUGCGGAGGAAACAGGCUGGAAGAGGGUCUUAUAGAGGAAGCUAAGGCAAGGGUGGUGUAGUGGGAUUUGGAGGGGUUUUGUUGUUAUUUGUUGUUGGUUUUGGUUUUGUGGUGGUGGUUUUUGUUUUUUGGAGGUGUGAUUAACAACCCCUCUUUCGGGUGUCAAAAAGUUUUGAUUUUUCGAAGGAGGAGAACAUGGGUAGCAACUUGCACCGACUGCUCAGAAGCUUCUGUUUGGGUACUGAUUGGAAGUAUGCCAUCUUUUGGAAGCUCAAACACCGGGCUCGGAUGAUCCUGACUUGGGAGGACGCUUACUAUGACAAUCCCAAUAUUUGUGACUCUUCUGGAAAUAAGAGCUGCCAGAAUACAUGGGAGCGGAAUGGCAGUGCAGAUUUUUCGCAUGAUCCUCUAGAGUUAGCUGUGGCAAAGAUGUCAUAUCAUGUAUAUUCGUUAGGGGAAGGAAUUGUUGGACAGGUAGCUGUUACAGGAAAACAUCGGUGGAUAUGUGUAGAUAAUCAAGUUACAAGCUCUGGCCCAUCUUUGGAGUUUGCUGAUGGAUGGCAAUCUCAAUUUUCUGCUGGAAUUAGGACCAUUGUUGUUAUAGCCGUAGUCCCCAUUGGAGUUGUUCAACUUGGUUCCUUGAAUAAAGUUGCUGAAGAUAUGGGGUUUAUAACCUGUAUCCGAAGUCUCUUUUUGUCUAAUCAAGAUUACACAAUUUGCCAUGCUCCUAAUCAAGGACAAAAUAGUAUGAAGAAUUCUUCGCCUGUGCUGGAUUCAAAAACUUCAGAAAGUGUGCCUGCUUACUUGCACAAUACAGAGAAAACCAUGAAGCAUGAAUCACUGGAUAAUUUAAUGCCCUUUCAAGGUCCUGGGAACAAUUAUUUACCUCAUACUGUGAAUCAGAAGAUGACUGUUGAUGUGGCCAAGCAUGAGGGACCAGAAUUAUACAGUGAUGGAAAUUUCAUUUUGCUUCAGUCAAUGUCUAAUAUGAUGAAUGUGGAGCAGCAGAAAUUUUUAGGGAUGAGACCUGUAAAUGAGAGAAAGUUUGAAGGGAACAGUGGUGGCUGUGAUGAUACAAGUGUGGAAUCAGGAAAAAAAUUGUCAUCUUUUUUACAUAAUUUGGUUACGGGUAAUAAUGGUGUAAAUGAUUUAGUAUGUCCAUCUAGAAAUGUUGGCGUUGAUUCUGUAUCCUUCUCUUCAGACUUUGUUGAUACAGCUGUCUUUGAGAGUGAAAAGUUUCAUUAUGUGGAUAUCAACCAAAAAGGAGUGUUGAACUGGCCCAGACCUUCAGAUGCAUACUCCCGAAAAGAUAUUGGGAAGUCAAAGUUUCAGACUGAACCUUGUUCCAAGGAUACCUCAUACACUUUGAAGUUUCCUGCUGGUUAUGAGUUACAUGAAGCACUUGGUCCAAGUUUUCUAAAAGGGAGCAAAUAUUUUGAUUGGGCAGUAAAGGCAAAUCAAGAUGUUAAAGCCACUGAGAUGUCAGAUGAGCUAAGCUGUAGCCAAUUGACUUCUGAAUCAGAGCAUCUCUUAGAAGCUAUGGUGGCUAACAUCUGCCAUAGGAAUAAUAAUGUCAAUAGCGAGUUAUCAUUUUCUACAACAAUGCAGGCUGCAAUAGCAUCAGGAAACAAUCUCGAGGGUUCCACUCACACUAUCCACACCAUAAAUUCUGAAAGCUGUUCAACAGAUCAGCCUCACCUUGGUAGAGAGGAAAAACAUUAUAAUUUGGGUUCAUCUGGGAUAUGUGGUAUAAUGUCCCCAAAGGGUUUUUCUUCUACAUGUCCUAGUUCCUGUAGUGAACAGUUUGAGAGGUCUUCUGAACCAACUAAGAACAGCAAGAAGAGGGCUAGGCCUGGUGAAAGUUGUAGGCCUAGACCAAGGGACAGACAACUUAUCCAAGAUCGUAUUAAGGAGUUGAGGGAACUGGUACCAAAUGGAGCAAAGUGCAGUAUUGAUUCGCUACUGGAGUGCACCAUAAAACACAUGCUCUUUCUCAAGAAUGUAACCAUGCAUGCUGACAAGCUAAAUAAAUUUGCGGACUCAAAGACUAAGUUGCAUCACAUGGAAAAAGAUAUUAACGGAUCAUCAAGUCAUCAACAAGGUUCAAGUUGGGCAAUGGAAGUCGGAGGCCAUCUGAAAGUUCGUUCCAUAUUAGUGGAGAAUCUUAAUAAGAAUGGCCAGAUGCUUGUUGAGAUGUUGUGUGAGGAGUGUAGCCAUUUUCUUGAGAUAGCAGAAGCCAUCAGAAGCAUGGGCCUGACAAUAUUGAAUGGUGCAACAGAAGCUCAUGGCGAGAAGACAUGUAUAUGUUUUGUGGUUGAGGCAGGAUCAGAAGGCCAAAACAACAGAAACUUACACAGAUUGGAUAUCUUGUGGCCGCUUGUUCAAUUACUGCAAUCCAAGAGCACUAUGUAUUCAUAAAAUCCAUCUGAUUCUUGGAAACUUACAAAGCUACUUCAUUGACUGUUGUAACCCAAUCUUUAAAAUUAUACUCCAAAUAUUAGGGCCUGUUUAUGUUUUCUUUUUCAAUAAAAGUAGAAAGCAUGAAUGUAAACAUGUUUGGUUGAAUUUUAGGAAAAUAAUCUCAUUUUUUUUUUCUAUAUUAA